AAGAGAAAAUCUCCAGGCCACAUAUGAGGUAGUGGAUAUUGCACGCCAUUGGGUGCCGUAUGGUUGACCGACAUAUUCAAUUCUUCUCACAAAUAUUACCCAGAAGACGGGCUGAAGUAGCAGCGGAAGUUUCUUGUUAUACAGAGAAAUGGCGCGGUUUGCGGUACAUUGGGGUCAAUCAUUAGAAAAAUGUGGACAUGGUAUCCUUCUUGCACCAAAAGCAUACAUGUAUCAGAGAGUGCAGAAUUACAGAGCUACUGCAGUCUAGUUUGCCCCCGAGAUGACUCCGCUCGCUCGUGCUUGGUUGCUCCUUACAGUUUACUUGAUACCCUCUGGUUCUCUUCGAUGGCAUCUCUUGAGCUUCUUUUUCAAUCCUUUUUGGCUCAUACCCUGCCAAUUUUUUGUGUGGGUGAAGGCAUCAAGGAAAUGGAUAGCAGUGAUUCUGUUUUUCCCCUUCAAGGUUGCCGUCGUUUACUUCAUUUUCCCUGUUUAUAGAUUUUUGGUAGCUCGACUGUUCCGCAAUAAAGGUUCCACGGAGUCAGCGGUUUGGCCAGAGGAGUCGAUAAAUUGUGAGGAUUCGGAAGAAUAUGAAGAUGUCCAUGAAUUCAUUCCUGGGAUCGAGUGGUUUCGCAUUUUUGAAGUCCCUCCACUCGUAAGCGGAUAUGCAAGGAUUGAAGUUGUUCAAAAUAUCGUGAAAGAAAUGCCAAACAUAGAAGAAGAACAGAGCACCAACGAAUCUUCGGAAGCAGAAGUUCAAGAAGUAAUGAAUGCACUAGCAGGCAUGCGAGCAGAACAAGCAACGAAUGUAUCUGCAAGGAUAGAAGAAGUUCCGGUAGCCGAUGAGGAGUUCAUCGCAACAGAUGACAACGAAAACGAAAAGGUGGAGGAAGAUCAUAACAGUACUGAGGAUGCAGACACGGCUGAGUCAAUUGAUGAAUCAGUUUCGGAGGCUGUAAAUUAUGAAACUGGAAGAAAUGUGCUAGAUCGAAUUAGCACCACGGGUACAUUGACUUUUCAGAGAGGAUUGGAGGUAGAAGAAGAAAGGGAAGAGGUUGACCAAUUCUAUCAGGAGUAUAGAGAAAGGAUAACACAGCUUAAUCGCCUGAACGAGGAAUGCACCGAUAAUUUAAGAACAAUUUUGGCGAGGCUAGUUUGGAAUUCAGAACUGCCACAGAAAUUUGCUGGUUUAGUGUCUGUUCUGACAGACAAUGCCGAUAGGAGCGAAGCUGUUACAAGGAAAUUUAUCAAGAGUGUAAGAGCACGUGUUGAGAUGUUUUAUGUGGGUCACUCUUGUUUGUGCUCCGAGGCUCUUCAAUACCAAUACAGGAAGAUUCAGGAAAUGGCAUCCUCUGUUCCUCCAGCGAGACUUCCAUGUAAUAAGAUAGCUGCCAAAUUUGAUCACUUCAGGAUUCUGCUCGAGAGAUUCAUGGAGGACGAACGCAUGCGAGGCGAGAGGUUUUGGAACUAUUCCCAAUUCAGGUUUAUGCAAUAUAAAGACCUACUACUGGUUCCUUCCCUGUCAGAUCAACUGGAAGCUGAUAGAACUGGAGGUAAGAACAUGGAGUCGAGCGAACUGCUAAAUGUAGUUGAGGAGUGCAUAGUAUGGUUUCUGAAAUUUCUCAAGAACGAUCACGGGAGAAAACCUUCUGUUAGUCUGCGAAGGUUCCUGCUGUGGGAUGAAGCACAAGUAGAAGACGCCAAUGACCUGAAGAUGUUAUCAGAUAUAAAAAGAACGCUUCGAGAAAAGGAAGCAGCAUUGAAGAAUUUGCAAACAGAAAAGAGGGAUUCGCUCUUAAAGAGGAAAAGAAGGAACCAAAUUCAAGGCUGGUACAGGGUUGAAUGUUUGUGUUGCUCAAUUGACUUGAGACUUGUUGCUAGAGUUCUGGCUAUGCCAAUCGUCUCCACCAAGCAAUUGAAAUGGUGUCAAGAUGUGCUGGCAAACAUUCACUUUGAUGGUAGCCAGGUUAAAAGAAGUCGCUUAGGCCUCCUUUUCCCAUGUCCAGGGAGUGACCAAGAAAGAUGAACUGUAGAUUUUUCUUUCUCCAUAUGUUUACAGGUCGCUAAUUAGUGGAACCUGUACACCCUUUGCAUACCUUUUAGAGCUAUGCACUGCGCGUGUUUUUUUCUUGUACAGUAACACAGUAAAAAUAUCUGCACUUCAUAAGUUCAA